AUGCAUUCUCGGAUAUCCUUACUCCUUUUGAUGUUCGCUUUCAACGUCGGCCUAAUCAAUUGUGGCGGUCAAAGUCUCGUAUCUCCUCAAUCGAAUUGUAGAAUCAGAUGUGAAAACGGCGGAAUGUGUGUAUUUGAUCUCGAUCGACCAGAUUUCCAUUCGUGCAUUUGUCUUUUAGGAGUAUUUACUGGAGACAGGUGUCAGAUUAAAGUUGCCACUACAGAAGGCGUUGAAACUACUACAAUGGAUUCGGCUGGAGCACCAGAAAUGGCUCAUCCGAAGAAUAUUCAGCAGCCACAACAAUCCGAAGUUGAUCGUGAAGAUGCUCGACGACGUGACGAGGAGAGAAAACGGGAGUAUGAGAGACAAGUGGCUGAAAGGACACGGAAGGAGAAAGAGGAUCGAGAUAAAGCAGCUGAUGAAGAGAGACGAAGACAACAACAUGAACAGUAUUGGAGAGAGGAAACUGCUCGUCGUGAACAACAGCGUGCUGAAGCUGAACGACGAAUUCAGGAUCAGAGAGCACGGGAUGAUGAGAGACGAAGACAACAUGAAUCCGAGAGAGCACAACUUGAAGAGAGACGCAGAGAGGAAGAAAGUCGUCGAUUGGCUGCUCAAAAAGAGGCUGAAGAAGCAAGAGCACGAGAUGAAGAAAGACGAAGACAAGAAUCAGAAAGAGAAUCACAAACAGAAAUGAAUGAUAAAAGAACGCAUUCAAUGAAUGAACAAUUUGAAUAUGAAGGAGAUGAAGAUUAUCCACAAGUUGCUGAAAAAGAAGACGAAUAUGAUGAAGGAUAUGAAACAGAGAAAACAGAAGAUGUCACGAUUACAUCCACUACGAAAACUUCGAAACAAAUGAAACCAAUGGUUGAAGAAGAGAAGGAAAUCAGAGUAGGAGCAGGAGAUGACGAUGGAAGUGAUAUGGAAAUGGAGAAGGAUGAAAUGGACAACGAACAGGUUGAAGAAGAUGAGGAACCACUGAAAAAAGAGGAUGAACAAUUAAUUGAUUCGAUCAAACAUGUCUUCAACAAAGCUGUAGAUGAGACAGUUAAAGAACAUCCAAUUGACGGAGACGAUUACUGGGAUGACAACUCGAAAAGAGCAGAUGAAGAUCGUUGGAGUGAGAAUGAGACAACAAUGAAGACUGAAGAAGCGGAUGAAUAUGGAAUGGAAGAAGGAACUGAAGGAUGGAUGAUGGUGAAGAAGGAGAACGAAAACUCGUCGUCUGCAAUUUCAGUUUCAAUCACUUUAUUCUUCUCACUAAUUGUUUAUUUCUUCUAA